AUGCAUUCCUUUACAUUUGGCUGGAGGACAAUAUCAUUGGGUAUAUUUGUUAGCCCCUUCGGAGAGCAAGAAUGUAAUGAUUUAUGUUGCAGGAUGGCUCACUUGUAUCGGUUGGUUGGCAAGCGUUGCAACAUCAAAUUUCUUUUGCAGCAAUUUGAUCCAAGCAUCGGUAAUUCAGAACAAUUGGGAUUAUGUACCAAAGAGUUAUCAGCCGGACUAUCAUUUUUCAUUGGAUUAGCUGGAAAUGCUGUUGCUUUCCUCGGAUGUGAUGAGGCCGUUCAUAUGUCUGAAGAAAUUAAAAAUCUUCGCAUAAACGUUUCCCGAGCCAUGAUCGCAAGCAUUAUGAUUAAUGGUGUUCUUGCUUUUGGUAUGCUUAUUGCGACUCUGUUCUGUGCAGGCGAAUUGACCGCAGCCUUUGAGAGUCCUACUGGCGCUAAGGCUUUCAACGAUAUCGUUUCACUUGUCCUAGCUGGUCUCUUCUCGUCCUAUUUCAUGGCCGCCGGACUUCUUCUAUACCGUCGCAUCAAUAACAGUAUUAAGACCCCUUCCGAAGAUAUUUCAGAAACUAUAUCGCCACUGGAACAACUUACAUGGGGACCUUGGAGGAUCCAAGGGUUUUUUGGCAUCGCCAAUAACAUAUUCGCAUGUAUAUUUCUUGUCAUUAUUAAUUUCUUCAGUUUCUUUCCACCAACCUCCACAGUUACUCCAACAUCAAUGAACUAUAGUGUAUUGGUCUUUGGAUCUGUUAUUCUCUUCAGUAUUGUUUACUAUUUAUUGUACGCAAGAAAGUUCUACACGGGACCAGUGGUGGGAAUCCGAGGGUACAUCAAUAUUGCUGCGAGUUCUCCAUAG